GUGUUGAUGAUUCUUAUUCUUCUUUCUUUCUUUCUUUCUCGACGUUGGCGGAAAAGGAAUGUUGAGAGAAAUAAGAAAGAAAGAGAUUGGACAAAUCAGCGACCAGCCUGGAAUAUGAUUUAAGUUUAAAGAAUGACCUGAGAGCAAAAAACCAACGAAGAGACGAGAAAUAGAGCUCCGCAGAAUAUUCUCCCUUUGUCACGCAAACCCCUAAUUAAUAAAUUUUUUUUUUAUUUCUCCUCUUACGCUCGCCCUUUGCUUUUUUCCCCCAAACUCGACGCCAAAUCAGCUUUUUCUCAAAUCGUGCUUUUGCUUUGAUCAAACCUUGUCCAGGAGGACAUUGGUAGAGAGGGUUUAGUUGAGGAUAUAUAUAUAUAUAUAUAUAUAUAUAUAUAUAUAUAUAUGAUGAUGAAACAGCAACAGCAGCAGCAGAAACAGCACAUUGCAAUCUUUACGACAGCUAGUCUUCCGUGGCUUACGGGAACUGCUGUUAAUCCUCUCUUCCGUGCUGCCUACCUUGCUAAAGACGGUCAAAGACGUGUCACUUUGGUCAUUCCUUGGCUUACUCUCAACCACCAGCUGCUUGUCUAUCCAAAUAACAUCACUUUUGCUUCCCCUUCCCACCAAGAAGCUUAUGUCCGUCGCUGGCUUGAAGACAGAGUCUCGUUUCCUUUAGGUUUUGAGUUACGUUUCUAUCCAGGAAAGUUUGCUACAGACAAAAGAAGUAUUCUUCCUGUUGGGGACAUAUCAGAUGCCAUUCCUGACGAAGAGGCAGACAUUGCUGUCCUUGAGGAGCCUGAGCAUCUAACAUGGUUUCAUCAUGGCAAAAAAUGGAAAACCAAAUUCAACUACGUCAUAGGGAUAGUGCACACAAACUACUUGGAAUACGUUAAGAGAGAGAAACAAGGCCGCCUCAAAGCAUUUCUCCUCAAGUACUUAAACAGCUGGGUUGUUGGCAUUUACUGCCACAAGGUGAUUAGAUUAUCGGAUGCGACUCAAGAAUACCCUAAAUCUAUUGUCUGCAACGUUCACGGUGUCAACCCCAAAUUUCUAGAGAUUGGUUUGAAAAAACUAGAACAGCAGAAGCUCCAGGAGCAGCCCUUCACAAAAGGGGCAUACUACAUUGGCAAGAUGGUCUGGAGCAAAGGGUACAAGGAGCUUCUUAAACUACUUAAGAAACACCAAAAGGAACUUGCUGGUUUAGAGGUUGAUUUAUACGGCAGUGGAGAGGACUCUGAAGAGAUCAAAGAAGCUGCCCGAAAACUCGACUUGACGGUUAAUGUUUACCCAGGACGCGAUCACGCCGACCCUUUAUUUCACAACUAUAAAGUAUUUCUCAACCCCAGCACAACAGACGUGGUCUGCACAACAACUGCAGAAGCCUUGGCGAUGGGGAAAAUAGUAGUAUGCGCAGAUCACACAUCAAACGAGUUCUUCAAACAGUUUCCCAACUGCAGAGUCUACGACGAUGGGAAGGGUUUUGUUAGAGCCACACUCAAGGCACUUGGGGAACAACCAUCACAACUAACAGAGCAGCAGAGGCAUGAACUAUCAUGGGAAGCUGCUACACAACGGUUUAUAAGUGCCUCGGAUCUUAACAGGUUAGCAAGAGCUGAUUCGAACUUGUCAAAGAGAAGUCUGUUUGCUUCAUCUUCUAUAAGUGUGGGGAAAAACUUGGAGGACAUGUCUGCGUAUAUUCAUUUCUUGGCCUCUGGGUUUGAAACUUCAAGAACAGCGUUUGGUGCAAUCCCUGGAAGCUUGCAGCCAGAUGAAGAGUUGUGCAAAGAUCUUGGCUUGACUCUCAAGACUCCUUCCCGGAAUAGUCUCAAGGAAGAUUGACCCUUGUUAUAUAAAAAAUGUGUUGUAUUUUGCUAGAAAAUUCCUAUGUGAUUUUUUAUAUACUCAACGAAUCAUUCUAUAGCUUGGUGGAAUGUUUUGAUGGUUUAUAGUAACAAGACAAUUAGGUUAAACAUAUCAUAUUGGUUUGCUCUGA